GGAAGGCAGUGGCAAGAUGGCGUCUCUGGAUCGGGUGAAGGUCUUGGUGUUGGGAGACUCAGGUGUUGGGAAAUCUUCUCUAGUCCAUCUUCUAUGCCAAAAUCAAGUGCUGGGAAAUCCAUCUUGGACUGUGGGCUGCUCAGUGGAUGUCAGAGUUCAUGACUACAAAGAAGGAACCCCUGAAGAAAAGGCCUACUAUAUAGAAUUGUGGGAUGUUGGAGGCUCUGUGGGCAGUGCCAGCAGUGUGAAAAGCACACGAGCAGUAUUCUACAACUCUGUAAAUGGUAUUAUUUUAGUGCAUGACUUAACAAAUAAGAAGUCAUCCCAAAACUUGUAUCGUUGGUCACUGGAAGCUCUCAACAGGGAUUUGGUACCAACUGGAGUCUUAGUGACAAAUGGGGAUUAUGACCGGGAACAGUUUGCUGAUAACCAAAUCCCACUGUUGGUAAUAGGAACUAAACUGGACCAGAUUCAUGAAACCAAGCGCCAUGAAGUUUUAACUAGGACUGCUUUCCUGGCUGAGGAUUUCAUUGCAGAGGAGAUAAAUUUGGAUUGCACAAAUCCACGGUACUUAGCUGCAGGUUCUUCUAAUGCUGUCAAGCUCAGUAGAUUUUUUGAUAAGGUUAUAGAGAAGAGAUACUUUUUAAGAGAAGGUAAUCAGAUUCCAGGCUUUCCUGAUCGAAAAAGGUUUGGGGGAGGACCACUAAAGAACCUUCAUUAUGACUGAAUCACACUUAGCCUCUGGAAGAGUGGGCAAACAGUGGCCGUUUUUCACAGAUCUCCUCUUGCUGUGUCAAUUAUUAACAUCGCAGCCUUUUAAUGAAAUCAUCUUAAAGUGCUACCUUCAGCCUCACCCUGGAAUGGAAAAAUGAAAAGGAGUGACAACGUGGGAGGUCCAGACUUUUUCCUGGUUCCCUCUGUUCCUCACCUUCCUGUCCCUGUUUAUAGAUUAUGUAAAAGCCUUGUGGAAAUAUGAGAUAUUGUCAAAAUGAUGUAGUAAAUGAGCAGUGUCAGAGUACUGCAGAGAAAAUGUCCUCUUGCCUAGAACUGGAGGGUUUUUAUGGCUCUGUAAUUUCCCGGUUCUCAUUGCUGAAGGCUUAAUUAAGUGCUUCAGAAAUGUAUCUCUAUUGUUUUACCUUCUUGAGGGGAAAGGUUAUGUUAACCAACCCUCAGUGGUCCACCCCAGUAAUCUCUCAUUUUCAAAGAAGCAAAGUGGUGUUAUUUAAUUGUCUCCACCCUCAUCACACACACCGGUGCCUAAUAAUAGCAACCCUUUCCUCCCUCUUCUCUCCUUGGCAAAUAGCUUGGUGGCUGGAAGAGGUGGAAGAAGAGCUGGAGUUAAAUAUAAAUAACAGAUUAAUAAUACAUAGGGAGCAGCAGGCACAGCAAAGAAGACUCCUAUGAGACACUGACAGCUCCUGCUCUCCUCAGGUUGCAGCUGUCUGCAGUUCUCUUCCUGUUUUCUGUCUGGCAAUAGGUAAGGUGAAAUCCGAGCCCUGCACAAAGGCAGGAAGAGAGAUUGACAGCCUCUUCAGUGCUUAUGUUUGUGAAGGAAGAGGCAACUCCUGAAAUGCCCCUUAACUGUACUCAGUAAAAGUAUCAUUCCUGUGUCAACAAUGUAUUUAUGAAGAAAAGUAAAAAGUUCCACAGCAGCACAUUUACAUGAAUUAUGAACUAGGAUUCUUGGAUUUCAUAAUCACUCCAAAGCUUUUGAGGGGUAGAGAGAGAGAGAGAAAGAGAGAGAGAUCAUCAUUACUUUUGUUAAAGCUUGUGUUUUUUGCUUGUUUAAUUUUCUUUGCCCCAGUUGUUCCUUGGUGUAUAAAUCUGGUUUUAAAAAACGAAUGUACUGCCUUCUUCAACACUUUAUCACCCAUACUGACUCUGGCCUUGUUGCAGAUCUCAGCACUCCUGUUUUUGUUCUAUAUUAAA